GUACUGACAGUGCUGUCAUCCGCCUGCUGUUAGCUAAAGCUAGAAAGAUUGUUAUUAAAUCCAGACAUUCUUUGAACAUAAUGCAGUAGUUUCUUGAUGUAAAUUUGACCUGCUCUUUGCACACACUAAGAAUGAACCUUAUAUUGAAAUAGAAGCAUUGUCACCUCGCUCCACUGCCUUUAGUCGAAGGAAAAAUCUAUGCAGAGGUUGCAUCUCUGAGAAAUGGGCUCUGAAAACCCAGAUGGCUUUGAACCAGCUGUGGUUCUUGUUGAUGACGAUCAACAAGAAAUAGGCGGCCUGAUAAACUCGGAUGGAGAAGAAGUCGAUUUUGCUGAUCUCAGAUUAAAUGCCGUCUCUGGUGUUGUGCAUUCAGAUAUUUCCUCCAAGAAAUCUGACCCCAUAGAGAAUGACAAACCUCUUCAUAGCUGCUUGGUGUGUGGGAAAGAUUUUCCCUACGCCUCUAAGCUCCAGCGCCACCUCCGCACGCACUCCGGCGAGAGGCCCUUCCCGUGCUCCAUGUGUGAGAAGAGAUUUCCAGAGAAGGGGCUCCUCAUGAUCCACGAAAGGGUCCACACUGGGGAAAAGCCGUUCCCGUGCACUUUCUGUGAAAAAAGGUUCGCGAGUCAGGGCGAGCUCCGACUCCAUCGGCGGACGCACACCGGCGAGCGGCCCUACCACUGCUCCAUCUGCCUGAAGAGCUUUUCCCGCCAUUGGCACCUGAAGACACACUUGGAGGCCAUGCACUCCGAGAUCGUGGAGGGCUUCACCAGGAAGAAGUUUCCUUGCUCGGAAUGCGAGAAGAGCUGCAACUCUGCAGCCGAGCUGAGGGACCACCAGAGGACUCACACCGGAGAGAGGCCCUUCCAGUGCUCGUUCUGCGACAAGCGCUUCGCGUUGUCGGGCACGCUCGUGAGGCACGAGCGCCUGCACACCGGCAUCACGCCGUACCACUGCUCCGACUGCGGCAAGACCUUCGCACAGCAGUGGACGCUGACGACGCACAUGCGGACGCACACCGGAGAGAAGCCCUACAGCUGCACGCAGUGUGACAAAUCUUUUGUGGCGCCAGGAGAGCUCCGAAGACACGUCAGGAUUCACACCGGAGAAAAGCCAUACACCUGCGCCGACUGUGGGAGGCACUUUUCCCUGGCGGGAACGCUUAGGAACCAUAAACGCUCGUGCACACACAGCAAGAGCGAUCCGGCUGAAGCGCUUCAAGCUUGUGUGGAGGAAUCCGCCCAUCGGGACCUCGAAAGCAACAUCAGCUGUAAGGUGCCUGAUGACCAGAAUUUGCCUUCCGUUGCCGAGCCACCUUCAACAGAAAGUUCAGACAGCAGCAAAGAUGCUGAGUCUGAAGUUAAAGAUGUAGAAAAAGCAGCAAACAACCCUCAGAUGAAUGUAAUAGUGAAGCAGGAAGAGGAGGAUGAGCUUUUAUGUGCAGAAGAAAGUCCACAACACGUGUCAGAUGAUCAGGAUUACAGCAUUUCAGAGGACACAGAGGAGCAGCAUGACAGCAGCACAGAGAUUAGGAUUACCGUGAAGGAGGAAGAAGAAGACAAAGCGUCUGGAGAAGAUCCUGGCUGCGAAAAAGAUCGUCUUCCAGAGUCGCCAGUUCAGAAACAGAGCAACAGCCAUCCAAAGAAGACUUACUGCUGUGGGCUCUGUGGGAGGGACUGCCACAAGAUGUCUGCGCUUCAGAUCCACAUGCGGAUUCAUUCGGGAGAAAAACCCUAUCAGUGCACCGUGUGUGGAAAACAGUUCACGCAAAAAGGUCAACUCAAAGGUCACUUUAAAGUCCACACGGGCGAAAAGCCAUUCUCCUGCCCCGAAUGCGGCAAGAGCUUCGCUCACUCGGGCGCCAUGAACCGGCACCGGCUCACGCACACCGGGGAGCGGCCUUUCCACUGCACCGUGUGCGACCGGCGCUUCAACCAGUCCGGCCGCCUGAGGGAACACGAGAAAAUCCACUUCGGGGAGAAGUUUGACUGUCCCGAGUGCGAGAAAAGUUUCACACGCUCUUCCAGCCUCAAAAAUCACUUUCGGUUGCACACCGGCGAGAGGCCGUACCACUGCGACCUCUGCGGACGAGGCUUCAGCCGCUCACAGAGCCUGAGGCUCCACAGGCGCAAACAUCAGCAGGUGCAGAGCGACAUGGACUCGUCUGCUAAUGUGACCAACGAGGACUUCUCCCACAGCGACAAUAACUCUCCUGUUAACAUGUGCACAACCGACAGAAGAGACUGAUUCACAUACAUGCAGUGGCCCAAAAAAGUAUUCAGUCAGCAACCAAUUGUGGAAGUUCUCCCCCUUGAAAAGAUGAGAGAGGCUUGUAAUUUCUAUCAUAGGUAUAUUUUAACUACGAGAGACAAAAUAAGAGAAAAAAAAAUCACUUUGUCUGAUUUUUAAAUAAAUUAUUUGUAAAUUAUGGUGGAAAAUAAGAAUUUGGUCACCUAAAAACAAGAAAGAUUUCUGUCUCAUAGACCUGUAACUUUUUCUGUAAGAGGAUCCUCUGUCCUCCACUCGUUACUUGCAUUAAUGACACCUGUUUCAACUCGUUAUCUAUAUAUAAGACACCUGUCCACAACCUCAAUAGUCACACUCCAAACUCCACUAUGGAAAAGACCAAAGAGCUGUCUAAGGACACAAGAAAAAACCUCCUUCCAUUAACAAGGGCAUUGAAGAUGAAACGUGUCAGAGUCUUUCAGGAUAUCAACAAUCCCAAACACACUGCCCAGGUAACGAUGGAGUAGCUUGGUAAGAAGCAUUUCAAAGUCCUGGAAUGGCCUAGCCGGUCUCCAGAUCUCAACCACAUAGAAAAUCUUUGGAGGGAGUUUAAAGUCCGUGUUGCCCAGCAACAGCCCCAAAACAUCACUGCUCUAGAGGAGAUCUUCAUGGAGGAAUGGACCAAAAUACCAGCAAC